ACGUCCGGGCUUAUGAAGCCUCGUAUGGUUCCGAUCAAAGGUCACUUCAGCGGUAAGACAGGUGAUUGUUUUUGGGUGGAGCUGUGCGUCUUGUCUCAGGCGUCCCUGCUGGGUGAUCGCAGCGGAGGUGAGUCUGUCGGCGUGUUGAACCUCCCACUUCACUGUGAGUGAUCUACAGCCGGGUUCAAAGGACGCAAGCCCUGCCCUUGAGUCUGCCAGCGAGAGCGGAGCCGAGUUCUUUAUCAGCUGGAGGUUCUGCUGGUAGUCGGCCACUGCAGCCUCGGUCAUCCUGGGAAACACUUUGUUCUGCUGGAGCUCGCCCACCAACCUGAGCCAAAAUGCCCAAAACGGUCAACGUGCGCGUCACCACCAUGGACGCGGAGCUGGAGUUUUCCUUCCACCCCAACACCACAGGGAAGCAGCUCUUUGACCAGGUUGCCAGGACCAUCGGACUCCGUGAGAUUUGGUACUUUGGGCUGCAGUUUGUGGACACCAGAGGCUUCCUCACAUGGCUGAACGCUGAGAAGAAGGUGAUGGUCCAGGAGGUGAAGAAGGAGAUGCCCCUGCAGUUCAAGCUGAGGGUCAAGUUUUACCCCGAGGAUGUGUCCGAGGAGCUGAUCCAGGACGUCACCCGGAGGCUCUUCUUCCUGCAGGUGAAGGAGGACAUUAUGUCCGAGGAGAUCUACUGCCCCCCGGAGACGGCCGUGCUGCUGGCCUCCUACGCCGUCCAGGCCAAGUUCGGAGAGUACAAGAAGGCAGAUCAUCAGCCGGGUUACCUGGCCUCUGAGAACCUGCUGCCCAAGAGAGUGCUGAAACAACACAAUCUGUCCAAGCAGCAGUGGGAAGAGAGAAUCCAGAUUUGGCACGAGGAGCACAGAUCGAUGCUGAAGGAAGAGGCCAUGCUCGAGUACCUGAAGAUCGCUCAGGACCUGGAAAUGUACGGCAUCAACUACUUUGACAUCAAGAACAAGAAGGGCACGGACCUGUGGCUCGGAGUCGACGCUCUGGGCCUGAACAUCUAUGAGAAGAAGGACAAGCUGACUCCAAAGAUCGGAUUCCCCUGGAGCGAAAUCAGAAACAUUUCAUUCAGCGAUAAGAAAUUCAUCAUCAAGCCCAUCGAUAAGAAAGCUAACGAUUUCAUAUUCUACGCUGCACGACUGCGAGUCAACAAGCGCAUCCUGCAGCUGUGCAUGGGCAACCAUGAUCUGUACAUGCGCCGCCGCAAGGCAGACAGCAUCGAGGUCCAGCAGAUGAAGGCUCAGGCCAACGAGGAGAGGCUGCAGAAGAAGAUGGAGAGGGAUCGGCUGGAGAAUGAGAAGAAGAGGAGGGAGGCCAUCGAGAAGGAGAAGGAUAGCGUGGAGAGGGAAAAGCAGGAGCUGAUGAUGAAGCUCUACGAGUACGAAGAGACGACCAGGAGGGCGGAGAGAGAGCUUCAGGAGCAGCUGGAGAGGGCCAUGAGGCUGGAGGAUGAGAGGAGGAGGGCGGAGGAGGAGGCGCACCGGCUGGAGGCUGAGAGGAUGGAGGCCAUAAUAGCCAAGGAGGAGCUGGCCAGGCAAGCCGAGGAGCAGAUAAAGAGCCAGGAGCAGCUGGCUGCAGAGUUGGCCGAGUACACCGCCAAGAUCGCUCAGCUGGAGGAGGACAAGAGAGUCAAGGAGGAAGAGGCUGAGACAUGGGAGAGCAAGGCGAAGACGGUGGAGGAGAACCUGAUAAAGACUCAGGAGGAGCUGCACAGUGUGAUGAACUCGGCUCCCGCCGCCGCUCCUGCCUCCUCCUCCUCCUCCUCCUCCUCUUCCUCGGACAACGAGAGCGAGCACGAGCACAGCGAGGAGAACAGCACCUACAGCGCUGAGCUGCAGACACAGGACAUCAACGACCACCGCGAGGAGGAGGAGCGACUCACCGAGGCCGAGAAGAACGAGCGCCUGAAGAAGAAGCUGAAGGACCUGAGCUCAGACCUGGAACAGAGCCGAGACGACAGAAUGAAGACCCAGAACGACCUGCUCCACGCCCAGAACGUCCGAGAGGGCCGCGACAAGUACAAGACCCUGCGUCAGAUCCGUCAGGGCAACACCAAGCAGAGGAUCGACGAGUUCGAAGCCUUGUAGGAACCUCAGAGAGCCGAAGAUCUCCUAAAUACCUCAUGAAGGCCCCCGUUCACCCAGAGAAGCAUGGAGCUGAUCUGCGUUAAAGUUCCUCCAUGAGAUUUCUUCUAACUUUAGCUUGAAAGCACUGUCUUUGUUUUAUUUUAUUUUGUAGCACUCAAACAUCUCCAGUGUGCUUUUUAGUCCCAUUGAAACCUGAAAACAUGUAACAGACGUCCUGAUGAACUGUACGAACAGAGCUGCUGUGCCAUCGAUCAAACAAGCACUUUGGUCUGAAGUGGUUAAAUUUGGUGUGCCAUGUAGAACAGCAGCUAAUGAUCAUCACUGAUUAAUGUAUUAAUUAUUUUAAUUGUUUUGAGCCCAGCUGUGUGUCUUUAUAUUCUUUAUUGUACCCAGAACCAGAACAUUAAAUUUAUAAUAUGGUCCAAA